AUGGCGACCCCAAAGCUGCGGAAGACGAGAAUCGUGUGCAUCUCGGACACUCACAACUGCACUGUCAAACUGCCGCCCGGCGACAUCUUGAUCCAUGCUGGGGAUCUCACCAACAAAGGGAGCAAGUCAGAGCGAGCUCACCAGGCGACUUUCGACGGCGUGAAGCUCUCUAGGGCAGUCAAAUGGCUCGAAGAAGCUGACUUUGAAGCCAAGAUUGUCGUGGCAGGGAACCACGAUGUCACUUUGGAUGAGGACUUUUACUUUCAUCACGGUGACAGCUUCCACAACAAGAUCAAGCAGGAUCCGUCCGAGUGUAUCCAAUUGCUGGCUUCAUCGCCUUCCAUCACCUAUCUGUGCCACGACUCGGCAACCAUCCGUCUCAAGUCACCCACGGGGCCGCAUACGGAGUUUACCGUCUUCGGCUCGCCAUACUCUCCUCGCAGCGGACUCUGGGCGUUCUAUUAUGAAGCUCCGAAAAGCCUGGAAGACGACAGCACAGAUCUCACCUCGCUAUGGGAACUUAUCCCGCUUGAGACAGACAUUGUAGUGACACACACGCCACCGCGUACACACUGCGAUACGCCAGAGGGUGAGCGACCUGCGGGCUGCGAGGCCCUACGCCAGGCGCUCUGGAGAGUGAGACCCAAGCUGGCAGUCUGCGGUCACAUCCACGAUGGACGGGGGGCCGAGCGAGUGCUCUGGGACCUAAAGAACAAGACCAAGCCCUAUGCUGAGAGAGUCUCCAUCGGCUGGGAAGACCCGGGUGCGGGUAGCAACAAGAUGAGCCUGGUUGAUCUCACCGGCAAAACGAGCAAGAUGCCGGCCCUCUCAAACGACGGGCUUCACCCGGGGCGGCCUAGCUAUGAGAAUGACCAACAAACAGCCAACACGACAUCAGCGUCCGCGGAGACAUUCUCGAAUAUCUCGGCUCAGCAGGGCUCUAGCGUUGCUGCCCAAGAGAAAAGCGGUCGCGACAGCUCCAGUGGUGACAACAGCAUCAGCAGCGAGCACGCAGUAGGCUACGGGGGUGAUCCAGAAUCCGAUAGCAGCUGUGAUUAUGAAGCAUUGGCGGGGAGAACCGGCCGCAAGGAGACGUGUGUUGUGAACGCGGCCAUCAUGAAGGGCAGCUAUCCUCACAGCGAGGGCAAGCUGUUUAGCAAGCCCAUCGUGGUGGACUUACUCUUGCCCGUGUGGCAAGAGGAUGACAAUGACGACGCUUGA